UGAUUGGUUGGCAGAGAGGCGCGUACGGUAAUCAUGGGCACAGUCGCUUAACUCCCUUGUCAUUUCUCUUUCUCCUUUGGCAUUUUUGUUUCCAUAUUCUCUGUACUCUUCUGCAGCAAAGGACUCCCAAGCUUUUCAAGCGACAUUUUCAAAGGAUUUUAGAGUCGAUUCUUUCAGGUAAUAACAAAUGGAAUUUGUUAGAGAAGUUGGAGAACUCCGGGGUAACUAGGGCAUGGAAGGGGAAGAGGUUGUGAUGUCCGUAGAACCGAUUGCGAUGAUUGUACCGCCGGAACUGCAAGACUUGCCAGAAAUCUUUACACCCGAGAGCAGUGCCAGUUCGAGCACACACGAGAGCUCCAGUGCUAAUCCUUCUUCGUCAUCUGAAGGGUCAUCAUCAGAAAAGACUCCCAAUGCCGGAGAAGACGUGGAGGAGGGUGUAAGUAAUCCCUCGCCGGAAAGUGCGGAGGUGAAUGUAGAUGUGCUCGUGGUUGCAAGUUGGGAGAAUAAAAGUAUAAGUGGUAGGCUGAGCAACCUUCGCAAAGCCCCACAUACAUUGGCCGCUGGAUUUAGCUUUAGGGCAAACUUGCAUCACGAGGCAACAGAUUGCGCCACCUCCACUAAAGGAUACAAGAGACUGGAGGAGAUAGUGAGGCAGUAUCACGUUCCUAGGACAGUUUUGGUCCGAACUGGCACCAAAAACGAGAGGGCUGCACAGUGUCGUCAACAGGGUGGAUACCCGUUACGAGCUGGCGCUGAUACAGUUAACCCCCAACAGCAUAAAAUUUAUCAUAGGAUUUAUGCUAUUGUGAGCAAGGUUAAAGAUACCUACGAAGGCAAUCGUGUUCAGAUCGCUCUUCUUGUGUCGGCUAAGUACCACUCAGACGAGGUGGAUACACGAACAGAGAAGGUUAGCAACGAUCUGGCAGCUUGCCUCUCUGGGUGGCGCUUAGGGCAUACGUACAUGAAUUAUCCUACGCUAACCCCUGACGACUUGGAGCUUAAGGAUCGAAUAACGAAUUAUGUGAAGGCGGUGGGGUUAGUUGAUUUGGAGGCCCUAGUUACCCUUGAGCUGCUCGCUUUGCGCGGGUUUGUGGAUGUCGCAAACCUGUUCAGUGAAGCAUGCUGGAGAGACAACGCGAACGGGCUUAGCGCUCACGAGCUAAGGGAGUUGGGUCUAGCACGCAAAGGCAAACGCGCUUUGACAAGCGACCGCCUACAGCUCCUCGCAGCUUGUCGCAAAGGGAGUGAGGCUCCAGCUCGGCUUCACGGCCACAUGUUGAGCGGCGAAUUGAACACUGGGAAUCAGUCUGGAGCGGUGCGCUCACUUGACGCGCCCGCUGCUCAAGCGCGUAACCCUACUGAAGCCCUACCCACAGCAGCAGCUAGCAUGGGCCCUAGAAAUGCAUACCCUGAAGGCUUUAGCUAUACUAAAGCCGACUGUCAGCUCGUUAUGGUCCAGGGUAUGUAGAAUUUCGUCCCACUUGCGGACUAUCAGCGGACCAAAGGUUACAUUCAGCAGCACGGGAGUCAUGCUGCUAUGCUGAAGCUAAUGGAUGUGAGUAUUUUGUUAAAUAAUCAUGUUAUCUAUUGUAGUUUUUGUAAUAAAAGUUGACUAUAGAA